AUGAAGAUUCCAGCGAUACUCGUGACGUCUUUCCUGGCCUGGGGGUUGGCCGACGGACGGGUGGCCCACCAGGAUGACGACAAGGGCUGGCAAAAGGAACCCCUGAAAGUGCCCUCGAUUAAGGUGCCACUGCCCAAGCUCGUUGGGGACGGAUCAUCGGCAUCCGGGGUCUCGAUCCAGAACGCGCUGAACGUCGUACGGGCUCAGGAAACGGUCGGUCUGAGGGUCCAAUUGGGGGCGGCUGCGCAGGCGGCCGCUGCAGCCGCAGCCUCCCAGGCGGUGGACACUGCGAACGCUGAGGCCGAAGCUAAAGCAGCGAUCGCUGUGGCGAUAGCGAAGAUGGAGCAGGCGAUCAAGGCGGAGAACGUGGCGCGUGUCAAGCUGGCGAUCGCGUCGAAAGCAGCGGGAGCUGUGGUGGCCGCAGCGACGAGGGCCAAAGAACUGACAGCAGCCGCGAGCGCAGCGGCUAGGGCCUCAGCAGCCGCGGCCGCGGCAGCGACUGCAGCCCAGGUAGAGGCGAACGCUGACUCUAUCAUAGCGAAGAAAUCAUCAGCCGCCGAGGCCCAAGCGGCGGCAGUAGCCGAGGCGAAAGCAAGGGCCGCCGCGAAAGCAGCUGCAGCGUCCCUGGCCAAGGCCCAGGCAGCAGCAAAGGCCCAAGCGGCGGCAACAGUUGCGGCGGGACAAGCUAGUGUAGCCCUUGCCCGUGCUAGAGUAGCCGUCGAGAAGUCCCAGGGCGCACAGGCACGAAGCUCCGCGUCAUCGUCCGCGGCGGUCCAAUUGCUGAUCCAGUCGGUGAACGCUGAGGCGUCCGCUGUCGCCCAGAAGGAGGCGGUUCUGGUGAUGGCUCAGGCGAUCGCCAAAGCAGAAGCAGAGGCCGCCUCGAAUGCGGCGUCAUGGGCUAAAUCGAUCCCAGCGAUACUUGUCACGUCCCUGCUCGUCUGGGGCCUAGCCAGCGCCGAUGACGACGAUCUGGUGCACGGUAAGGAGCCGGUCGGAAAGCACCGUUCGCUGUUACCCGAUCGCCACCACGACGACAUAAAAGACAAACUGAAGGACAAGCUGAUCAUGAAGAAGGUGGACAUCAGCGCGAUCGGGCCGAACAUAUGGGCGCCGGGGCUAACGCUCGGGAAGAAGGUCCAGAUCUCACUGGCCAGAGCGAAAGCGUCGGCCGCGGCUGAAGCGCGAGCCUCUAACUCGGUGAGGGCUUCCGCGCAGGCGUUGGCCGCCGCGUACGCGAGGGCGCAGGCUGCCUCAGCCGCUGCAGCGGCAGAAGCGGCGGCAGCCGUCAGGGCUGCGACGCAGGCACAGGCAAGAGCUCAGGCCGCAGCAGUAGCCGCGCUGAGAGCUCAGACGAUUGCGCAGUCGGCAUCUGCGCAAGCUGAGGCCGCCGCUGGGGCCACAUUAGCGUCGGUUGACCGUGCCAGACAGUCGAACCAGGUGGCCACUGCCGCCCAGAACCUAGCCAACAACUACCAGGAACGGGCGAACGCUGCAGCCGCAGCUGAGGCUGCGGCCACUCUCAGAGCCGAGGAAGCAGCUGAACAGCUGAAGGCCAUCGCUGCCAUGACUGCUUCCGUAGCAGCGGCCGCAGCAGCCGCUCAAGGUCGCGCCACCGCAGCCUCCGAGGCUACAUCAGCCGCCACAAGCAGGGCUGCUGUACUGGCCGCUGACACCGACAGCGCCCAAUCCUCUGCUCUCAUGGAGGCCGAAGUCGCCGCCAGGAUCGUGAGUACCGCUUCAGCCGAGGCGGCCGCCUCCUCAGCCAGCAUCGACACCGAGACCGCUCAACUGGAGGCAUCAGCCGCCGCCAAAGCAACCGCCCAGGGCGCCACCGGUGACGGCGUUGUGCUGGGUCUAGGAAACGACGCAGGUGCAUCGGCUCAAGCGGUCGCUCAGGCAAGGGCCCUUGCCCAGGCUGCCGCUGGGAUCGGAUCGCACGGUUCGAAGAAGGGAAAAGAAUGGUGA